GUCACCGUUGCAGUCAGACAAGGUCACCAGUCUAACUGCUGAGCCUCAGUCAGACCACUUGGAACAACCAUCUGAUAAAGCAGAGGGAAAUGCUCUUCAGCAAGGCUCUCAGCAACCCAGACAUCACCUGCAUGGACCAGAGGGUAUAAGCCAUUCCAACUCUAAACAGAAAGAGUUGAGGUUUGAUAUUUUUCAGGAGGAGAGCCCCAACGGUAACCCUGAUCUGAGUCAGUGCGGGCCCAGGCCCUCUGCAUUGGGCCCCAGUAUGGUUGAGAUUGCUGUUCAGAAUGCCAAGGCUUACCUACUGAAGACCAGCAGCAAGUCAGGCUUAAACCUAUAUGAUCAUCUUUCUAAUAUACUGACCAAGAUCUUAGAUGAGCGUCCUGAAAAUGCUGUGGACACCAUUGAAAAUAUCAGCCAAGAUGUGAAGAAAGCACAUUUUAGUAAAAAAUUAGAUACACUCCAAAAUGAGAAUGAGAUGCUCCCAACAUAUGAAAUAGCAGAGAAGCAAAAAGCUCUUUUUCUCCAGGGAAAUUUGGAAGGAGGUGACCAAGAACUGGAAGAUGAAAUAGCAGAAAGCUCUCUUCCGAAUGUAAUGGAGUCAGCGUUUUACUUUGAACAAGCUGGAGUUGGUUUGGGCACAGAUGAGACUUAUCGCAUAUUUCUUGCCCUUAAGCAGCUUACCGAUACCCACCCAAUCCAAAGAUGCCGUUUUUGGGGCAAGAUCUUGGGUCUGGAAAUGAAUUAUAUUGUGGCGGAAGUAGAAUUCCGUGAGGGGGAAGAUGAAGAGGAAGAGGACGAUGAAGAGGCAAUUGAAGAGCGAGACAACGGAGACAGCGAAGCUGAUGGCGACGAUGAUGAGUUACCAAGGUCCUUCUAUAAGGCCCCACAGGCUGUACCAAAAGAAGAAAGCAGAACGGGGGCCAACAAAUACACUUAUUUUGUUUGCAAUGAACCAGGAAGACCAUGGGCGAAGUUGCCUUCAGUUACACCUGCCCAGAUUGUUAUUGCAAGAAAAAUCAAGAAAUUUUUCACUGGGCGAUUGGAUAACCCCAUUAUAAGCUAUCCACCUUUCCCAGGAACUGAAAGCAAUUACUUACGAGCGCAGAUUGCCAGAAUUUCAGCAGCGACUCAUGUCAGUCCUCUAGGAUUCUAUCAAUUUGGUGAAGAAGAAGAAGAAGAAGAAGAAGAAGAGGAAGAAGAGAUAGACGGUGGGAGAGAGAGCUUUGAGGAAAACCCAGAUUUUGAAGGCAUCCAAGUGAUCGAUCUUGUGGAAUCCCUGUCUAACUGGGUUCAUCACGUGCAGUAUAUUCUCCCACAGGGUCGCUGUAAUUGGUUCAACCCCAUACAAAAAAGUGAGGAAGAGGAAGAAGAUGAAGAGAAAGAAGAAAAAGGAGAAGAAGCUGAAUACAUAGAACAGGAAGUAGGGCCUCCUCUUCUGACACCACUAUCAGAAGACAUAGAGAUCCAGAAUAUACCACCUUGGACAACACGGCUCUCCUCCAGUCUCAUUCCUCAGUAUGCUAUUGCAGUCCUUAGAUCAAACCUCUGGCCAGGAGCGUAUGCCUUUUCCAAUGGCAAAAAGUUUGAAAACUUCUACAUAGGCUGGGGUCAUAAAUAUAGUCCAGACAACUAUACACCCCCAGUCCCACCACCAGUUUAUCAAGAAUACCCCAGUGGACCUGAAAUUACAGAAAUGGAUGACCCAAAUGUGGAAGAGGAACAAGCUUUCAGGGCUGCACAAGAAGCAGCAACAGUACUUCCGGUCGAGGAGAAUGAAACUGAGGAAGAGGAAGAAGAAGAAGAAGAUGAUGAUGAUUAUGAAUAACAAGAACAAACUAGAGUCAAGAGGACAGUUCACCCGAGAGGGUGCCUGCUUUGACAUGGUUCCUGCUGUGGCAUCCCUCCAGCUCCUCCUUACCCCUCUCUGAAAUAUCUUAGCAAUUCUCAUUUUUAGGUUUAUGUAGUCUAUGACUGACAGUUUGCAGACCAUUCUGACAAACAAUUCUCUCAAACACUUUGAGGGGGAAUUUAAUCCCUACCUGAGCACUUCAGGAAGCGUAUCUAAGAGAAUGCCCUUUCUAUGUUCUGUCUAAGGGGAGAUGGGUCAAAAGCAGCAGCAAGUCUGUCCUGGUGAAGGACUUUGGGAUGAAAAGAACUAGAACAAUGAGUGGUGAGAGUUGAGGUUGGAAUGGUUAAGUAGGGGCCAAAUUGUGUACAGUACUAUCCAUAUUGAAUUCUUAUCCAUGAAAAAUGAAUAGGGCCCGAGUAGGAUUUCACAAAAUCACAUUGGGGGGAGGGCUCGGGUUCAGGUCCUGGAACAUGAUGGCAGAGGAGGACCUAGUGGGGGCUGAAUUGUUAUGUGGAAAACUGAGAGAUGUUAUGCAUGUACAAACUACUGUAUUUUACUGCUGACUGGAAACCAUUAAUGCCAAUAAAGAAAUAAAAAUAAAAACCAC